AUGCCACACAUCACGCCGCAGCCAACUCGUGUUCCAGCUCGACUACAGCGCCAACCGCUCCAACAGCAUCCGCACUUGGUGUUGAACAUGUCGGACCUCAAGAAGGCCGAACUACGCCAGGAGCUCGAGAAGCUGGGGGAGCAUCCACCUACCAGCUGGACGAAGAUUCAGCUGAAGCAUCGGCUGGAGGAGCUCACGGGUCAAGACAUGAGUGUGUCUACCAAGAGCCGCACCAAGAAGGUCUCGGAGAUGUCAGUGUGGGUGAAGGAGCUCAACAAGAACAAGGCGCGCAUCGAGAUGGAGGCGAUGAAGAAGAUCAUGAUGCUGUCGGAGCCCGACGGCUCCGAUCCGGUGUCUUUCGGCAAGUACGGCCCACAGACCUAUGCCGAGACGACCCGCAUCGACCCCAGCUACUGUCGAUGCGUGGUGCAUACAGCAAAGACCAAUGCUGCGGAUGCCGAUCCACGACUCAUCCGCUUCGGCCACUGGCUCAACGAUCAGGAUCAGCGCGAGAUGGUCCCUGCAGAGAACCCGGUGACCACCAAGUACCCCUUGCAGGAGCCCAAGACGGUGACGAUGACUACCACCACGACCACAUCGACGGCAUCCUCGAGCGGGUACCAACAGCAGAUGAACUUGCUGGUCGAGACGGUGGCUGCACUUCGAAACGAGGUGGCAGCCCUCAAGAGCGAGAAGGCACGGAAGACCUCGAUCAAGGACGACGAGAAGCCGUCCACCCCGAGAGCUACGCCAACCAAGUUGACGCCAUCUACGACGACACCGUGA